AUAAAGUCGCGGGGAGCAGGGUCUGUUCAGUCCUACUGCUGGGUGAAGUAAGGCCCCGAGUGUGCGCCCUGAGCAUCACAUCGCCAGCAGGAGCCAUGGCCCAGGAGCUGUACCACCAGGAGUUCGCCAACGCUGGCAGGCAACCGGGGCUCCAGGUCUGGAGGGUGGAAAAGCUGGAGCUGGUGCUGGUGCCAGAGAGCGCCCAUGGCAGCUUCUACGUGGGCGAUGCCUACCUGGUGCUGCACACGGUCAAGGGCAGCCGGGGCUUCACCUACCGCCUGCACUUCUGGCUGGGAAAGGAGUGUACCCAGGAUGAAAGCACUGCAGCUGCCAUCUUCACUGUUCAAAUGGAUGACUACUUGGGUGGCAAACCUGUGCAGAACAGAGAACUGCAAGGCUAUGAGUCCACUGAUUUUGUUGGCUAUUUCAAAGGAGGUCUGAAAUACAAGGCUGGAGGCGUGGCAUCUGGACUAAAUCAUGUGCUCACAAACGACCUGACUGCUGAGCGGCUGCUUCAUGUUAAAGGUCGAAGAGUGGUCAGGGCCACGGAAGUCCCCCUGAGCUGGGACAGUUUCAACAAGGGUGACUGCUUCAUCAUUGACCUUGGAACUGAAAUUUACCAAUGGUGUGGUUCUUCAUGUAACAAGUAUGAGCGUCUGAAGGCAACCCAGGUUGCCAUUGGUAUUCGAGACAAUGAAAGGAAUGGAAGAGCUCAACUCAUUGUUGUAGAAGAAGGAAGUGAACCAUCAGAGAUUAUAAAGGUUUUAGGGAAAAAGCCGGAGCUUCCACUGGGAAGUGAUGAUGAUGACACCACAGCAGACAUAAUGAACAGGAAAAUGGCUAAACUCUACAUGGUUUCAGAUGCCAGUGGGUCUAUGAGUGUGAGCCUGGUGGCAGAAGAAAACCCCUUCUCCAUGGCAAUGUUGCUUUCUGAAGAAUGCUUUAUCUUGGAUCAUGGGGCGGCAAAACAAAUUUUUGUAUGGAAAGGUAAAGAUGCUAAUCCCCAAGAAAGAAAAGCUGCUAUGAAGACAGCUGAAGAAUUCCUGGAGCAAAUGAACUAUUCUACUAAUACCCAGAUUCAAGUUCUUCCAGAAGGAGGUGAAACACCAAUCUUCAAACAGUUCUUUAAGGACUGGCGAGAUAAAGAUCAGAGUGAUGGCUUCGGGAAAGUAUAUGUCACAGAGAGAGUGGCCCAAAUAAAACAAAUUCCAUUUGAUGCCUCAAAAUUACACAGUUCUCCACAGAUGGCAGCCCAACACCAUAUGGUGGAUGAUGGCUCGGGUGACAUGGAGAUCUGGCGUGUAGAAAAUAAUGGUAGGAUCCCAAUUGACCGAAACGCAUAUGGUGAAUUUUAUGGCGGUGACUGCUACAUUAUACUGUAUACUUACCCCAGAGGGCAGAUUAUCUACACAUGGCAAGGAGCAAAAGCCACGAAAGAUGAGCUGACAACAUCUGCCUUCCUGACUGUUCAGUUGGACCGGUCCCUUGGAGGACAGGCUGUACAGACUCGGGUCUCCCAAGGCAAGGAGCCUGCUCACCUGCUGAGUUUGUUCAAAGACAAACCGCUCAUUAUUUACAAGAACGGGACAUCAAAGAAAGGAGGCCAGGCACCUGCUCCCCCCAUACGCCUCUUUCAAGUCCGGAGAAACCUGGCAUCGAUCACCAGAAUUGUGGAGGUUGAUGUUGAUGCAAAUUCACUGAAUUCCAAUGAUGUUUUUGUCCUGAAACUGCAACAAAACAGUGGCUAUACCUGGAUAGGAAGAGGUGCUACCCAGGAAGAGGAGAAAGGCGCAGUGCACGUGGCGAAUGUCCUCAAGUGCAAAACCACACGGAUUCAGGAAGGAGAGGAGCCAGAGGAAUUUUGGAGUUCUCUUGGAGGGAAAAAAGAUUAUCAGACUUCACCUCUGCUAGAAACCCAGGCUGAAGACCACCCUCCUAGACUUUAUGGUUGCUCGAACAAAACUGGAAGGUUCAUUAUUGAGGAGGUCCCAGGGGAAUUCACCCAGGAUGAUCUAGCCGAAGAUGAUGUCAUGUUACUAGAUGCUUGGGAACAGAUAUUUAUUUGGAUCGGCAAAGAUGCCAAUGAAGUUGAGCGAACAGAGUCUCUGAAGUCUGCAAAAACAUACCUUGAAACGGACCCUUCUGGAAGAGACAAGAGGACACCGAUUGUUAUCAUCAAACAGGGCCAUGAGCCUCCCACCUUCACAGGCUGGUUCCUGGCCUGGGACUCCAGCAAGUGGUAAAAUGG